AUGAACAAAGAAAAAAGCCAAAUGAAUGCUUUACUCUCCCUACUCGAUCCACUGCUGCCAACCCUCAAACCCAACAACCGCGACAAGUUCUGGUCAAAAAACAGACGGGAACUUGAUAGAAUUGGUUGGAGUGGAAGGUUUAUCGAUUCGGAUAGUGAAGAUGAAGAUGAACUAGAAAGAGAAGAGAUGAGCCAAGGAUCCAAAAGCAAUGACGGCGAAGAAAUCGCGAAUGUUGUGGCUGAGAGCGAAGUUGAGGAUGCCGAGUCUGAGAAGAAAGAUGAUAAUGAUGAGGAUAGGGAUGACAUCUUAUCUAGUGAAGAGAGAUAUGCAGAGGAAAGCAUUGUGGAGGUGAUUGUGGCAUUGUUGUUUUUUAUUGUGGUGCAGGGAGGAGUAUUAUGCAUUGUGCGUUUGAUUGUCUGA